AUGGCAGAUAGUGAGAAUACGAGCGAAGAGAUUGGAAAUGAAAUACGAGAAGCGCAUCAAUCGUCCGGUAAAUCAGUGGAUGUUCGUAUCAAACAUUUAUAUAGGGCACAGGAAUUACUACUACAUAAAGAUAAAAGCAGUUCUCUUCUCGACAACUUCCUCGAUGAAAUGCUAGAGUUUGUAGUAGAAAAUGACUCGAAAAUGCGCUGCUUCGUUGCAUCUUUUAUUGAGAAAGCUUGUAAAAAGGAUUGCGAAGUGAUGAAAAAAGCUGUUGUCUCGCUUUCAUAUCUCAUUCAAGCUGCUGGCAUAGGAACGGUCGCGGUUAUCAAAAAGGUGAUCACAGUAUGUUCGCAGCUGUAUCCAUUUGUUUUAAAAUGGGCAGCUGGAUCACGCAGUGCUGAGACCGCACGAUGUUGGGAAGCUUUCUCGGUGCUGAAAGGACGUAUCAUGCAGCACAUUGAUUCUGAUAACGAAGGCAUACGCACCCAAACUAUUAGAUUUUUGGAAGCUGUAAUCCUUGCACAAACACUACGAACAGAGGAAAGUGAAAAAGGUCGUGGUGAUAACAUGUGCUUAAACGAAAUUGGCCGUGACCAUCGAUUUAUCUCAUAUCGGAAAAUGGAGAGUGAAGCGACGCUAAAUUUUAAUUCGCUACUUGAUCAUAUUUCUUCGGCACAUAUAUCUUCGCUCAAUUUAUUAACUUGUUUGACUUGUAUCUGCAAUAUCGCUCAACAGCGUCCACAAUUUAUGCAAAGGGUUGUUGGAGCUCUGGAAGCUUUACAUGUCAAUCUCCCCCCAACUUUGGCAACGAGUCAAGUGAAAAGUGUGCGCAAGGAGUUGAAAAUGCAUCUUUUACGCCUUCUCCGACAUUCCAGUAGCAUACCUUUUCAUCCAAGAAUAAUGACACUAUUAACAGAUUUAGGAGCUGCGCAAUCGGAAGUUUUACGCUCAUUACCUUCUGCGGGUGAACAGCGAAAAAAAUUUCACCGAAGUAAUGAAAACAAUGAUGAGCCGGAAACAAAAAAGAUGAAAGGUGCCGGGGAAACUCCAUCAGUUGUUGAAAAAAUGGAUGAUGAAGAAUACGAAGACGAAGCUGGUCCAAGUACCUGUAUAGAAAAAAGUCAAACUCAGUCUGCUAUUGAUAUUACUGCCCAAUUUGUCUACGAACGAUUGAAACCAAAUUUGGUUACAGAAUUAGUUCUUGUAUCUCUUGUAACACUGCCAGAGGAAAUGCCUGCAGCGUUUCAGUCAUCAUAUACCCCUAUUGCUGCAGCUGGCACGGAAGAUCAGAUUCGGCACUUGUCACGCAUGAUCGCAACACAGUUAACUAACAUGGAUUUAGGUCCAGGAGUCGAAAAAAUUCGAAAAGAAAAACAACACAUUAUAGCUCAUCAAGCCGCGGGAAUGGAAGACGUUGUCAUUCCGUCUAGUCCACUUCAACAAUUUGCCUCUGCGCAGCAAAAUCAAACGCAACAAUCUGAUUCUGUAUCGCCAGCAGCUUUGUCAACAAAAACUAAAUCGAAGAUUCAAUUUGGAUUGCUUUCUAUUACUAAAGAGUUAGAUCGUGAACAAUCGCUGAAACUUAUUCUUUUUGCAUUUCAACGGAUAUUAGCCAACGAAAAAAGAGCAAUCCAAGGUGGUAUAGGUGUUGCACAACAGAAACUGUUGGUCAGGCUUGUAACUCGUUUCGAUCAUGAUUCAUGCACUGAAUUUGAAGAUCUACUUAUGACUUUUAUUGUACAGGAACAAAAAUCACGAUCUGAGCUGGCAUUGUUAUGGAUAGCAGAACUCUAUGCACAGUUUCAAGGAUACUCCUUGUGCUGUACUUCUUAUGCCACAGAAGGAUAUCAUAAUGAAUCUCGACGUUAUCAACGUUACGAUGCAGUUUUGUGCAAUUUAUUGGAGACAUUAUAUGAGCGAGGAGAGCACAAAGAAACUCUGUUCCAUAAGAUUUUACUGGAAGCUCCUCUGUUAACACCGCAAUCUCUCGUAUGGUUACGAACUGCUUGCCUCGAUUCGGUAUUUGGGGCAUUUGGAAUGACGACUUUGCGUGAAUUAAUUUUAACCCGAGCAAGGCAACGAAAUGAAUUGCUUUGUAUACUUCUUGACUUCUCAUUCAGUGAUAGAGUUGAUGUCCGAACACAAAGUGUUGAAACAGCAAAAGAACUGGGAGACGUCAGAGAAUAUUUAAUUUGUUCGAUAAAUUAUUGCACAAAGCCAAUCCCACCACCGCAACUUUAUACAUAUGAAAAAGAAGGUGCCAAACCUCAAUGGGACGAUGCAGCAAUACGCAUUACUUUAAACCUAUUUUUAUCUAUUCUUCCUCUUGAUCAUUCACUGAUACACACUCUUGCUGAUGUUUAUGCGAAAUCUUCAAAUGAUAUAAAACGGGUUACAUUACGUACAAUUGAUAGCGCCAUAAAGGCGAUGGGUGCAACAAGCGAGCAUCUAUUGGAAAUGAUUGAGAAUUGUCCUCAAGGGGCUGAAACAUUUGCUGCUAGAAUAGUACAUCUUCUCACUGAAAGAAAUCCUCCAACUCAGGAUCUUGUAAAUAGGAUAACUGCGCUUUAUGAACAGGGAAGAACUGAUGUUCGCUCAAUGAUACCGGUUUUGAGUGGUCUCGAUAAAGAUCAAAUAUUGAGCAUUUUACCAAAGUUUGUUCUCACCCCAGUCAAUCAAAAAUCAGUACCUAUUGUAUUCAACAAACUUUUGGUUGGAAGGAGUAUUAAAACUGGCCUUCAUCCAAUGGGUGCAGGUGAAUUGCUUGUGGCGCUACAUAAAAUCCGCACCGAAAAUGAAGAGGAGAAUAAUUUACUGUUGCAGAAUAUCGACGUUUUACUAGCACAACUGACAGCAUCGAAAGAUGCUAUAGGUUCAGCAAUUGACCAACUCUGUGAUGAUGGUAUCUUCUCAGAAAUAUUAUUUUACACUGUCACAUGCUCGUAUAAAAUAUUUCCUGCUCUCGGUGGUUUUAUUUCAAAUGUAUUGAUGAAAAUUGCAAACAAAAAGCCAUGGAAGAGUGAUCCAAAUUUAUGGCCUCAUUUUGUACGCUGUGCUGUUGCAAACGCUCCACAUUCCUACUUUGCAAUAUUAACGGUUUUAACAAAUGACGAAUUUGAUCAGCUGUUACAACAAUCACGAAAAGAAAAUACUGAUGUUUUGAGUUCACUGCGAGAUUAUAUUCCAUCAUUAUCAGCGCAUCAGCAGAAAAAAAUUGAUCAUCAUGUUCGGGGAAUUAUUAUGGAACAUCGAUCGGAAAUUUGUCCUACACAUGAUGAUAACUAUCACGAACUAUUUGGCAUUGUUUUUUCUUAUGCUUUUUCCUCUUAUGGGAUUUAG